UGUGUCUCACCCAAGCAUGGGCAUGGAGGUGCAAGGGCACCACUCUCACCACUGAGUGGGCAUCUGGCUCAUUUUAGCAUCGCAACGGGGGGAUCACCACACAAAAAUCUGGACUGACACUUGCUAACGGAUUAAGUGACACCGACAUACAGAAUAGCGGCUGCGUUGUUUGGAUGAAAUCGAAUUGGUCUUAUAUUCUAACAAACGAAGAGUAACGGGAUUGCACAAAUCUAUCUUUUUUUUUCACGUAACAUUUGAACCUCCAGCAGUUGCAGCCUGAUUCUCAGGACUUCUUUCAAAGAGUUCACAUUUUGACCACACUUUUUUUUUCACACUCUUUCAGUCUUCUCUUUUUCUUAAGUUUACAUCAUAAUACUCUUUCACAAUGGUUGUGGGUAAGAUGAAGUUCACUUUUCAGAAAAGGGUGAAGUUGGCCCAGGGUUUGUGGCUGCUCUCAUGGAUGGCAACUCUGGGUGGAGCGGUUACCUUCACUUUAGGAUGCUUCCUAAAGACUGAGCUUCGAAGGAGGGGAGAGGUAAUGGACAACACAGACAUCCACUGUGUGCCCAACACCUUGAUGAUUGUGGGUCUGGCUUCAAUGGGCAUUGAUUAUUUUGCCAGUCGAAUCUGCCAGGACGCCCUAGAUGCUGGGCGUUUCCCACGAUGGAAGACCCUUAUGAAGCCCUACUUUGGAUGCUCGUUAUUCUUCACCACCCUCAUGCUGAUUUCAGUCAUCUUGAGUUACGCCAUGAAGGGCAGCCUGGAGUCCUCGCUGAAAGUCGGCUUGAAGAACGGCAUCCGCUUCUACAAGGACACCGAUACCCCUGGCCGCUGCUUCCAGAAGCAGACCAUUGAUCGCCUUCAGAUGGAGUUCCAGUGCUGUGGUAACAGUGACUACAAGGAUUGGUUUGAGGUGCAGUGGAUCAGCAACCGUUACCUGGAUUUCAGCUCUAAGGAAGUUAAGGACCGCAUCAGGAGCAAUGUGGAUGGCCGUUAUUUGGUUGACGGCGUGCCCUUCAGUUGCUGUAACCCUAGUUCUCCCAGACCCUGUAUCCAAUACAAAAUCACCAACAACACUGCCCACUACAACUACGAGCACGAGACCGAAGAACUCAACAUCUUCAUUCGUGGUUGCAGAGAAGCCCUGGUUAACUAUUACAUGGGUCUGAUGAACACUAUUGGAGCUGUAGUUCUGUCUGUCUUUCUGAUUCAGAGCUCAGUGUUGGCCAGUGUGCGCCUCCUCCAGACGUCUAUGGAGGCUGUUGCUGGACAGGAGAAUGUGGAGAUUGAAACCGAGGGCUACUUGCUUGAGAAAGGAGUGAAGGAGACCAUCAUGGAGUAUGUAGGUCCUGUGCUGAAUCUCCUGUGGCUGAACGAGGUAGCCCCUCCUGCAGCAGAAGAAGGGGCCGCUGGAACAACCACCAGCUAAAGAGUCAGAUUCAUCUGACCACUGAAAUCUUUCCAGUUGGAGGCUAAGAGUGCUGACAACUAAUCAAUCAAAUAAUUCAUGUUUUGGUAUUUUUUAUAUAAAUUUAAAUAUAUACGUUUUAAUGACCUAAUCACACAUCUCAAAGCAUUGUAUCCUUCGUUAAUACUCUAAAAUGGUUGCUUCAAAAAUAAAUGAACAGUAUCAAUAUUUCACCCAAUUUGGUGAGAAGUCUCGAAUGAUGAGUGAUUCCACUGUCAAUCCUGCAGCACUCUACCCCUAUGUUUUAUGGCAAAUAUAUCAUAUUGCUAGCCUUGGGGUGAGUAAACGUCUGUUCAUUCCUGUCAGGAGAAACCAGGUGCAGCUAUACCUGGGAAAUGACUAGCAAUGUGCUUAAAUUUCCACCAUGAAUGGUUGAAUAUUUAAGAGUGACCGAGCAGUUGUUGUAACUGAAAGUUCUAUUACAUUCUUUUCCCAUUUACAAAAUCAUACACCGAAAAGAGGCUAUCAGGAUUCAGUAAUAUAUUUUGUAAUUCUACUGCUUCCACAUGGAUGUUUGUAAAUGAUUGUAAAUUGGAUUAACAGAAACAUGCAAAACAAUGCCCUUGUGAAAAAGAAGUGUGUUUAAUUGUAGUGAAUGUGCACUUCUAAAUCUUAGCACAUUUUUUUUUUUUUAAAGUGUACUUGCAGGUAAUAUAAUAUUAAUUAAAUAAAAGGCCAUUUAAGUGUACUUAAAGAGAGUACACUUUUCAGUACACGUUAUAUUUGUCAAAUUAAAAUGUUACUUUAAUUUUUUUUGUGCUUUAAAGAAGUACACUUAUUUUGAUGUGUUGACUAACAUACUAGAGCACAUGUACUUUUUUAUAAUUUUAACUGUAGUGUUAUUCGAAAUUACAUUUAAAUUUAAUAUUUUUAAAUGUACUAAAUUGCAACUUCAUCAUUAGAAAUGUGUAAUUGCAAAUAUAUCUAAAUACAUGACAGACAUUUCAAUAGAAAUGACAUUAAAGCAUAUUUUAGUUUACUUUCGACAGCACAACAACAGAAGUGAUUAUUAAAUUACAUAUAAAUAUGUACUUAAGUCCUACUUACGUGGGUGAAAAAAGCACUCUUAAGUUCAUCUAAUCACAUUUAAUAUAAAUUUAAACUAAAAUACAUUUUCAUUUAAUUGUAAAUAACAUGAAAUUAAAUAUGUGAAAACAUUAAAUUCUACUUGCACUUAAGUAAAUUGUUAUAUUAUUUCAUUGAUAAGUAAAAAUAUGCUAAAAGUACUUCUUUUUCACAAGGGUAAACUCCUUUCUAAUAAUCUUACACUGUGUACUACCCAUAACAUGAUAAGUUUUCUCCUCCAAAACAAAGAUUUUGUUCUAAUCAGUCACAACCUUGAUAAACAAUAGAACACAUUGUUACUUGGUUUCUAUUUCUUUGGCUUCACACUGGUUAGCCCCGCCCACAGUGAAAUUUCAUUGGCCUAAAAUCUUGAGAGGAUGCUCACUGCAGAGCCAAUGGGUGGAGCUAGGCGGUCCAACCACACCCAUAAUCUUAUUGCUAAAUAUAACUCCACCCAUUAGGUCCACAGAGGUCAAGCUCCACCCGUUACAUUCAGAGAGGAGGAGGAGCACCACAAAAUCUCCACAUUGCUGAUUAAUCAGUAUGUUCUGAUAGGUUUUGACUGCGUGGUAUUUUCGCUUGCAAUGUGGAUAAGGAAAUUAUUUGAUGCUGGAAAUGUUUAAUUAAAAAUAUAUAAAAUCACAUGUGAGAUAAGUUAUUAAAAAUCUGAAGCCACAAUUUUAUAUUUUCUUUUCAUUCAGUGUUAAUUGCAUGUUGUAAACAUACAUACUUGUCAUUAAGUAACUUUUUGGUUUUGCAUUCAGCAUGGAAUUAAAUGCAUUGUAAGUGUUAAAGAUGGUGUAGAUGAUGCUCAAAGCUCUGCUAUGAAACACUGUACUGCACUCGCAGAACUCUACAGAAGUCUGUCAGCUCUAAUAAAAUCUGACAUUUUGAACAGU